ACAUAUCUAAUUCAUUAAGAGUUUGCUCUUUGAGCAAUUCUCUGCUCUGUGUAAGAGAGUAGUGACUGAGAGUCUGACAUACAUAAACUCUGCUUUUAAUUUCUGAUCUUAUUACCAACCAAUCAGCUAUUCAAGAAUGGCAUUACACUUCACAUUGGCUUUUGUUUUUGGUCUUUUAGGUAACGUUAUCUCAUUUCUGGUCUGCCUUGCACCUAUACCAACUUUUUAUCAAAUUUGCAAGAAGAAAACAAGCGAAGGGUUUCAAUCAAUUCCAUAUGUGAUAGCUUUAUUCAGUGCAAUGCUUUGGUUAUUCUACGCACUUUUUGCAAAUGAUGCCACACUUCUCAUCACUAUCAACUCCUUCGCUUUUUUCAUGGAAACUGCUUAUAUUGCUAUCUACCUUUUCUAUGCAAUCAAGAACGAUCGGAUUUUCACUAUCAAACUCGUGCUUUUGUUCAAUGUUUUUGGGUUUGGAGCCAUUUGUUCUGUAGCAAUGUUCUUAACUCAUGAUGAGAAACGAGUUAAGCUUUUGGGAUGGAUUUGUAUGAUAUUUUCUCUGUGCGUAUUUGCUGCUCCUCUUGCCAUUCUGAGAAAAGUGAUCAAGACCAGAAGUGUUGAGUUCAUGCCAUUCUCUUUAUCACUCUCUCUUACACUGAGCGCAGUCAUGUGGUUCUUCUACGGGUUUCUCAAGAAAGAUCUUUACGUUGCUGUUCCAAAUAUACUGGGAUUCUUAUUCGGUAUUAUUCAGAUGGUUCUUUAUGUGAUUUAUAGGAGGCCAAACAGAAGUGUGGCUGAUCAGGAACAAAAGGCUGAUGAAUUAGCUAAUCAACAGUGCAUUAUUGAAGUUGCAAAGCUGAGCAACAAUGAUCAUGAUCAUGAACAGCAACCCGGCAUAGUAGCCUCGGUCACAGUUUAAUCAAGAACGAGAUGCUUAUGAUAUGAUAGAAAAUUAAGCGGUGUUUAUGUAUUUAAAUUAAUCAGCAAUUUGCAUUUGCUUCUAAUUUCAGUACUUUGCUUGUUUGGUUCGUGAAAUCGACAAGAAAUGUGCUUAUUUCCCUUUCUAUCUUUCAGUAUCUGUAAUUUUAUACAUGUAAAUUUGUAUUAUGUAAUUUGUGUU